GUCACACGCCAGCGGACUGAGGGAGGGAGGCAGGAGCAUGGCUGGCAGGUCCCUGCGGGCGGCCCGGCAUCACCUUAGCCCGCUGCUCUCGUUGGGCGCUCAGCGGCCCAGCAGAGAUUGCCUGUGUGUCUUCAGCACUGCGGCUCAGCAGAGGAGUACGGGAGAUGAGUGUGGACCAGAGGAUCCCCGCGAUGAGCCGAGACAUCCCCUUUCUGAGCGAACUAUAGAGCUCAAAGCCAGCAAACUGGAAGAACAAGUCUGUGAUUUAACUGAGCGAUACCGGAAAGCCUUGGCGGAUUCGGAAAAUGUCCGGAGGAGAACACAGAAGUUUGUAGAAGAUGCCAAGCUGUUUGGGAUCCAGAGUUUCUGCAAGGACCUGGUGGAGGUAGCUGAUAUCUUGGAGAAGACUACGGAGAGCGCUGCAAGAGAAGCAGAGCCUAGUGACCCAAAACCAACCCUCAAGAAGAUCUAUGAAGGCCUCUCCCUCAUAGAGGCCAAGUUGCAAAGUGUAUUUGCCAAGCAUGGCCUUCAGAAGAUGAACCCCGUCGGUGGCAAAUAUGAUCCAUACGACCAUGAAAUAGUCUGCCAUGUGCCAGCAGAGGGAAUGCAGCCGGGCACAGUGGCACUAGUGACUCAGGAUGGCUAUAAACUCCACGGCCGCACUAUCAGACACGCACAUGUUGGUGUGGCAGUAGAGUCGCAGGAGUGAUGUGGUGGGUGCACCCAUUGGGAUCUGGGACCUUAAUGAGCUGAGGACUCGGUCACACAGUGGCGAUAGCAGCUGCAUGUCUUUUCUUUAUUUAUUAAGCUAGGUUUGUAUUGUACAUUGGCUUCUUCACAACAUGUGCAGUAAUCUUGGCUUUAAUUCCAAGAGGCUCAAUUAUUUAAUGUUACUUUUCUGAGUGUGUAAUACUGGGAACCCUGCUAUUUAAGCAUGUGGCACUGCUACCCCCUUCUCUGUUGGAUUCAGGUCUCUAUUAAAACUUGCACUGGGGGAAGAGGGAGUUGGGGAGAGAGACUCUGAGAGCCAGGAAUUUUCUGCCUUUUGAUCCCAGCUCUGACAUACUCUUUCUGUGGCUUUCGGCAAGUCACUUAGCCACUCUGCCUCAGUUUCCCUAUAUGUAAAAUAGGGAUAUAAUAAUACUUACUAACCACCUCACCAGGGUGUUGUGAGGUUUAAAUAAUAUUUGAGAUGCACCUUAGAGAUGAAGAGCUCUAGCUAAGUGCAAAGUAUUAUUAUGAGACUCUUGUGUGGUCUUUUUUUUUUUUUCCUGUUUUCCUUAGGCAGAAGGAGCUGUGAAAGCAUCUGCCAUUUUCAGCCAGACUCUUCUGGUCUCUCUUCAGAAAGCAAUUCUGAAUUAACAAAGCCUUAAUUAUCUGUGAUUUGAGUAUGGAUGAGGUUUAAAAAAAAAAAAUAAUAAUAAUCAGCUGAAACGUGAUCAGAUUAAAGUUUGCUCUCCAGCUAAGACUUCAGACCUGCAGAGCCGUCCUUAGGGGACAGCGAACCAGGGCAACCACUACCGGCCCUGCACUUUGGGGGACCAUGUGGGCUGGCGUGAUUGGGCGGCGGGUGAACCACUGGCUGGGGGAGGGAGAGCCCUCCACCCAAGGGAGAGCCACACUUGGCUGUUUGGGGAGGCACAGCCUCCCCUACCCGCUCCCAGCGUGGUUGGUCCCGGAAGUGAUGUCACUUCUGCCCCAGUCCCCGCACCUCCCUAGGGACGGCCCUGCAGACCUAUCCGCUUCUCACUAAAGUUAAACAGUGGGAGUGACAUGAGGCGCAGGGGAAGCAGGAGCUAUUCUCAAGUCUCAGCCACCGAGCAAAGAUCUAGGCCUGUUCUCCAAACAAGAAGUAUUUUUAAGAGAAGGAAAAUCUAUCUCUAGAUCAUUUGUGCCGCAGCUUUCAAGCAUCAGAAACGGUUUACUCUUUACUAGCCCCGAAAAGGGAAUUAUGAUCUCUUAUUUUGUCAAGCCACCAGCUAACUGAUACACAAUUAACACCGAUGACUUUCCCAACCCUAAUUCAGAGCCUAUUUCUGCCUGGCUGUGGAUAGACAUCAAAUUUAGGCUUUAUUUCAUUUUUUAGAUGGAAGGAGAGAAGUCUUAGCAAAAGCUCCAAGUGUCCUUGAAUCAGCUGCAGCAGCAAUUAUGAGCAAGUGAAGAGAAGCAAGGAUCCAAAUGCCCGUCGAGAUUGGGAGCUGGCCUGAAGGGUUCUAGCUCAAGGCAGUCUGGCUGGUGCAGCCUGGCGAAAGAUCAUAGGGCAUGUGUAUCUCUGUUGCUGAACAUGUGUGAUGCCUUCAGCUAAACGGAAAGGGUGGGUAGACUCCUCAUCCCCAGCGUUACUGACUUACUAGAAGCUAAUGUCUAUCUCUGAGCUAAAUGGGAAUCCAACCCUCAUUUAAUGAACAGCAGGAGAAAUAAUGGAAGAGAAGGCCCCAAGCUAUCGGCUGCAUUAUAAAAGGCAAGGAGGGUGAACAGUUGUACUUUCAGGCGGUUCUUUCAGGAGUUCUUGCCUUCUCACUUGCUAUCAAACCUAUGGUCCUGCAGGUGGUUGGGCUCUGCUUCCAAAGACUUUUGUCUAGUGGGGGUGCCAGUUCUGUCUCAGAGGAGGUAUUCCUUUUCAUUCCUUUGCAGACGUGAGAUGCUGAAAAAGUCAGGAGAGGUACCCAUAGUCUUAUUGUGAUGGACCUCAAAAUUACAACCUCCCUCAAUUAGCAGCUACAAAUUAAGCCUUUCUUGGAAGAUUCCAUAAACGUAGAACAUUCAUCUGAGUGAGUUUCAUUCGAAGACAGACAUGUCUCUUCUCAUAUGAUUAGUGCAAAACUGCCUCUUAAUGACAACGGUACCCAUAGUUCCCUUGGGGGUGAUUCAGCAUUCCCAUUCUUCAUUACAAAACAUUUCUUAGCAUGUGUAUAUGCCUCUGACCAUUUUGGAUGUUGAGGUGGGUGUUGAGGCAGGUACUUGAGAUCUCAGCCCUGGAAAUCAGAACUUCAUGGCAAUAUUGGAUCAGUUCUAGCAAACAUCCACUUAAGUUUCUUUAUCUGUGUAACUUCUACAAUACUGGCGUACCUUGCAGGGCUGUUGUGAGGAUUAAUUUAAGGUGUACAAAGUGCUCUGAGUUCCUUUGACUAAAGGUGCUAGAAAGAGGCAUGGUAUUACUAUUAUUCUUCCUAGGUUUCUGCUUCACUUAGGCUAACUUUGGUCCUGUUGUGUAUCUGUCUGUCUGUGUGUGUCUGUCUGUCUGUCUCUCUCUCUCUCUCUCUCAUAUGUGGCCGAGGUUGUUUAUGGUUAGGUUGAAUUUCUUCUGUGGAGAUUCCAGUCCCCUUACUGUCUUCCAUGGUUUGCAUAAAGCUUGCACGCUAAACACGGGGCCAGAUUUCUCUUUGGUGUAACUCUUUUGCACUUCAGGGAGUUACAUCAUGGAGGAAUUGGGUCCUUUGGCUUUUUCUUCCCAGUCAUUGUAUGAUGGCCUGAACUGAACACAGAAGUGUAUUAGAAGGGAAGGUUUGGCGGAGGAGGGAAAAUGUCACAAAAACACUAAUCAUUUCCACUUUAAUACACCCAGGAACCUUGGAACUUGAGCACUUAAUGUAGAUGACUGGAUAACAAAUAUGUGUUCAGCUGGAGUCAUGGGAUAAGAUAGGAUGCAAAGGGUAGAAAUAAACGGUCAGUUUUCACAGUCGAGAGAGGUAAAUAAUGGGGUCCCCCAAGGAUCUGUACUGGGAGUAGUGCUGUACAACAUAAUCAUAAAUGAUCUGGAAAAAGGUAAACAGUGCGGUGGCAGAGUUUGUAAACAACACAACACAAAAUUACUCAAGAUAGUUAAGUCCAAAGCUGACUAUGAAGAGUUACAAAGAGAUCUCACAAAACUGGGUGACUGGGCAACAAAAUGGCAGAUGAAAUUCAAUGAUAAAUGCAAAGUAAUGCACAUUGGAAAACGUAAUCCCAACUAUACAUACAAAAUUAGCUAUUACCACUCUAGAAAGAGAUCAUGGACUCAUCAUGAAUAGCUCUCUGAAAACAUCUGCUCAAUAUGCAGCAGCAGUCAAAAGCUAACAAUGUUAGGAACCAUUAGAAAAGGGAUAGGUAAUAAGAAAAUAUCCUAAUGCCUCACUAUCAUCCAUGGUAAACCCACACCUUGUAUACUGUGUGCAGUUGUGGUAGCCCCAUUUCAAAAAAGGUAUAUUAGAAUUGGGAAAAGCACAGAGAAGGCAACAGUGAUUUAGGGGCAUGGAACAGCUUCUAUAAGAGGAGAGAUUAAAAAACUGGGACUGUUCAGCUUGGGAAAGAGACUAAGGGGUGAUAUGAUAGAGGUUUGUGAAAUCAUGAAUGGUGUGGAGAAAGUGAACAGGAGAGUAUUAUUUUCCCCUUCACAUAACACACGAACCAGGGGUCACGCAAUGAAAUUGAUAGGCAGCAGGUUUAAAACACAUAAGGAAGUACAUCACACAUUGUACAGUCAACCUGUGGAACUCAUUGCCAGGGGAUGUUGUGAUGACCAAAAUAAGUUCCUGGAGGAUAGGUCCAUCAAUGGCCAUUAGCCAAGAUGGUCAGGGAGGCAACCUGAUACUCUGGAUGUCCCUAAACCUCUGACUGCCCUAAGCUGGAACAGGACGACAGAGGAUGGAUCACUCGAAAAAUUGCCCUGUUCUGUUCACUGCCUCUGAAGCAUCUGCCAUUGGCCACUGUCAGAGCACAGGAUACUGGGCUAGGUAGACCACUGGUCUGACCCCGUAUGGCCGUUAUGUGGUGUUGGUCAGUAGAAAUGGCUCUCUGCUCUUGGACUCUGACAACCCUCCUUUGUUAGUAUUCACCUUACUUCAUGACCUUAGUAGAUCUUAUCAGUGGGGCACAUUUGGGUUGAAUUCUUCCACGAGGCUCCCGGUGGCACAAUCAUCCAAGUUUGGCAGCCUGUCUGUAUGCAGUGCAAAAUGUGAAUGUUGCUAUGUAGACCUCAAAUUCUCAAUGCUUCAUUAACAGAUUCUGUUGAAACAGCUGUGAUAAAUCAAUUGCUAUUAGCACUCUGAUUUUAAAAAAUAUUUAAGUUUUUAUAUUUUAGUAUUUUUUUUAUUUUAAAGCACAACGUAUUUUGGUAUCACUUUUGCUGAGUCAAAUGAACAAAGAAUUGCUGAUCUCCAAAAAGUUACAUCCUUGUAGUUGGUAGGAAACCUUCUGUAUGUUUUUUUUUUUUUUUCAUAUGUUUCUAUGCUUUUAUUUACCCAAAGGUUCUAGUGUAUGAAAGGGAAAUUCAUAUGGAAGUGUGGGGAAUGGUGCUGAUGAUUGAUGACAGAGAUUUGAGUUAAUGUUGGAAUUUGCUGAUUUCUUCUAGAUGUCUGGAUACUGUGUGCAUUAAUAAAAACGGUUUUUUUCAGGA